GGCAAAUUCAAUAAGCGGAAGUUGAAACAUGGCGUCGCCGGUAACACAGGUAUGGCUCUUAGCCAUCGGAUUUGUCCUUUUUGUUCAAGUUUUAGGAGGGAGGGACUUCUACAAGAUCCUUGGUGUGUCGAAAUCAGCAGACACAUAUCAGAUCAAAAGAGCAUACAGAAAACAGGCAAAAGAGCUCCACCCAGAUAAGAAUAAAGAUGACCCAGAGGCUGCAGAGAGGUUUCAAACUCUGGGUGCUGCAUACGAGGUGCUGUCGGACCCAGAAAAACGUAAGAUCUAUGAUCAACAUGGUGAGGAAGGACUCAAGCAAGGAGAUAUGAGAGGAGAUCCAUUCUCAAGUUUUUUCGGAGACUUUGGAUUUGGCUUUGGUGGUAUGAGGGAGCAGGACAGGGAGGUUCCCCGUGGUGGUGAUGUUGUCCUGGACCUCGAUGUCUCGCUGGAAGAGCUGUACAACGGAAACUUUGUGGAGGUGUUACGGUACAAACCUGUUGCAAAACCAGCCAAGGGCAAGCGAAAGUGCAACUGCCGAACAGAGAUGGUGACCCAGCAACUGGGACCGGGACGUUUCUCCAUGACACAGCAGCAAGUUUGUGAUGAGUGUCCCAACAUCAGAUUUGUGCCAGAAGAAAAAUUGCUAGAAAUAGAAAUUGAGCCUGGCAUGCGAGAUGGACAGGAGUACCCCUUUGUUGCCGAAGGCGAGCCUCACAUAGAUGGUGAGCCUGGUGAUCUGAGAUUUACUAUCAGACAAGUCAAGCAUCCUAGAUUUGAGCGCAGAGGUGAUGAUCUCUUUACAAAUGUGACUGUGGUCUUGGCUGAUGCUCUGACAGGAUUUGAGAUGGACAUUAAACAUUUAGAUGGACACAAGGUCCACAUAGUGAGGGAUAAAAUCACCUGGCCGGGCGCCCGCAUGCGCAAGCCUAACGAGGGGAUGCCCAACUACGAGAACAACAAUGUCAAAGGCUCUCUGUUCAUCACUUUUGACAUCGAGUUCCCGAAAGGAACCUUGUCGGAGGAGGACAAAAAAGGAAUACGAGAAAUACUGAAGCAAACGUCAAAACAGAGCGUGUACAAUGGCUUACAAGGAUACUAGAACUUAGAGCUGUGUUAUGUAAAUUAUUUUGCCUGGUCUGGGAGUGAUAGCUGACAUGAGCAAAGAGUCAUGAAUGAUGCCUGUGAAUGUCUUUUGCUGAAUGGAGACGGAGAACUUUCCAAGGGGGUUAUUUUUUUCUUAUCAUGAAAAUAUUAAUGGUUGCCAUUCCUGUUUAAUUGUUUUCACUCUUGUUGUUUUAUUAUUGCUUUCGUCUGAUUUUGAAUGUGGGGAUUAAAAAUCAUUUGGGGGGGGGGGGGGGGGGUUGUGUUUAAAAGGGGAGGUUGGGAAAAGGCAGAAUAUCAAACAGUUACCUUUUAACUCCCCAUCAUUGAUAGAAAAUAUUUUAGUUAAUAAGUACUGUAGUGCUCUGAUUUCAAAAGUGAAGCAGUUUUAAAUUUGCCUUUCCAAUAUAAUCUUGCCUGAAAUUUUGAACAAAGUUUCAAGUAAAGGGCAUUGCGACUUAUGUUUUUCCCAGACAUUGAUGUAUCAAAGAUUACAUCCAAUUUGUUUCUAUCCCACCUAAGUCUGCAAUUGCAGUACAUGAGUAUGUUUGUUUUAGUGCUGAUGACAUCGUUGCACAUUCAGUUUAUGGCUCUUUCCUAAUGAUUCAAUAUAUACUUUCCCCCCCUUUCCUCGAUUUAAACGCAUUGUUCUCAUUUUUCAUGAUAUGAUUAUUCUAUGCCAUUGAAACACUGGCAACAAAAAUUUGUCUCAGAUAGGGAUGUGGGUUUCGCCUACGGUCUAAUGAUAUUUUGCAAUCCAAAUUACUGUAUGACACGGAUAGCUCAAAUUUGUCAGGACUGGCCUUUGUAGUUUGAAGGAUAUCUUACGAAGAUAAAGAAGGAAAAGAAAUCAUGCAUCCAUCGAACUAUGCCUGCGGUCCCGUUUUUGAGUCUUCUGUGUUCGAACUAUCCAUGUUAUACUGUAUGAUUUUUUAGUACUCUUUUUGAAGUGCAUCACUUUGGUUUGAAUUCUAGAGGCUUAGCAUUUGUUUUUGUGCCAUUACCCAAAUCAGCAAUAUGCUUUCUUUGAGAGGGACAUUUUAUAUGAGGACACUGAACAAUUGGUGUUGUCCUAAGUGUGUGUAUGAUGAGGUAUUUUAGACAUUAUCAAGGGUUAACAGUUUUGUAUUUUGAUGCGGCAGUGUGUAGGAUUAGGAUUUAUGCCUUUUUUUUCUUCUGUUUGCUGUGAAGAAAGACAUCUGAUUCUGUGCUGCCAAUAUACCAAUAAGUUGAUCUAUGAAAAGACUUUAAAAGGUUGUGGGUUUACAAACAAAGUACAAAGUAUUUCGUAUGCAUGUGUUUGUGUGUAUGGUGUGUGUGUGCCAUGAAUAUUGCAAGUUCACCAGAACUUUUAAUGAAAGAGGACUUUAGACCACCAUGGUUACCAGUGCCUGUAACGGAUGAGGAACUGGAGGACAUAUAUGUGAAUAAAGAGGAAUCGUGAGAGUCGGCGAGAAAGAGAGAGAGGAAUAUGUCUCUUUUGUUGUGUCCCUUUUCUGCGUAUUGGUUUGUAUGGGUGUGUGUUUACAUCAACGAUUUUACUUAAAAAAUUAUUUUUUGGUAACCUCAAAUGGGAUUCUGAUAGGAAUUUCAUCAUGUGUGUGCCAAUUGAAUGCAAAAUAUCAACGACAUAGCAAGCCACGGGAAAUUGUGAAAUGAAUUUACCUGAAUGUCUUUGUGCUUUUACAAAAUGUUUCUGUAAAAGGAAGCUGGUGGUUAAACCGUGCAGCUGGUAGGUCCAUUUUCUCUUUCACUCUGUUGAUUCUGUUUGUCACUGUCUACCUUGAUUUUUCCAUGGAAUAGAUGAUCGUUAUCUUGAUGUGGUUCUUUUCUAAAACUAAGUCACCAACAAAAAAAAGGUUGUAUAGAGCAGCUGAGUAAUCAAUUUUUCUUUCUUUUAAAAGAUUUUGGCCAUGUGAAGUUUGUGGCUUAUAAGUCCAUUUGUACUCUGUUCUGAUCAGAGAAUGUGCAAUUUUAUAUAAUGUCAAUGUGUGUUUGAGUGUUGUUUCUGAGUAAGUAGGAUGUAAAAUUUUACUUCUUAAAUUAUGCUCCUGAUCUAAAUGACUUCUCUGUAUUACAAACAUUCAAGGUUUUUUGUGGGUUUUUUUUUUAAUUGCUAGUUUUGCUCAGUAUAAUAUGAAGUAGUAGGCACUGUUCUGUUACGACAGACACUAGUGUUUGUGAUGUGUUUUCCUCCAAUUUCUGUAUUGUGAUUUUGCCGUAUGCGGUCAAUUAGGCCAACGUGUGCCAGAAAAUGUUGGUUGCAGUGAGUGCUGGGAGCCGACUGGAGUUCUAUACUUGGUUACGUCGUCUUGCGUCUCCGUCAGUGUGAAGUGUGAAUUUGAUAAACAAUCAACUAUUUUACCUCUUUGAACACUGUAGAACAGCUUUUGAAAUAUUAUUCUUUUAAUCUUUGUCGUUUGACAUAUGAAUAACUGGGCCACAUGAUAAAAACAUAUUCUGGGCUUUCAAGAAUUUGAGCAUUAAAGUCAAUGCCUCCUAAAGACAACAUCAGUCUGUUUUUUUCUUUACCAUGGCAUAGAUGUAGUAUGUAAGGGGAGACUUUCAGUCAUUUUUUAAAUUGAAUUCUUAGUUGUGUAACAUGAUGCCUUGAAAAACUUCUGCAGGUUAUUUUUGUAAAAGAAGAUUAUGUAAUGAUUGUCUGCAGACAGUUUUGAGUCAAAUGAUAGACCACUGAAUAGUUUGUCAUGUGUUUGAUGUUUGAUAUGAGUUUUCUCCCCUUACUUUCUUUGUGUCCAAAGCUUAGCAUGCUCUUACAUCCGUUAUAAUUUAAGCUUGACAUCUUUACAAUUGAUGAAUUUUGUAAAGGUUUUAUUCAGGGGAAGUCUUUGUUGUUCAAAUGCUAAGCAGAGGGCUAGAGGUGACUAUGUCCACAUUCCUUGUUUUGAGAAAAAUUGAUUUUUAGGGCAUUGUAAGAUGAUAGAUGACUCUUUGACAUAGGCACACUGGGAACUGCGAUCGUGGCAAAACUACUGGGCACAUUGGUUUGAUAUUUACAGAAAAAAUGCUGUGUCAUUUAGAUGCCCCCAUUAUGCUGUUUUUCACAAAUGGCCAAAAUGGACAUGGUUGCUUCUGGUUCUCGGCCCACGAAACAUGUGACCAGCAACCGGUGCUGUAAGUGUGGUGGUAGAAUCUGUUUUAUUUAUUUGCUCCACAUGCAUUGCCUGUCGCUUCUCUCAUCCUGUUCUAGGAGUUCUCUUGUCCUGUCUGCCCUCUUUGUUUCUUUUGUUUUAUAAGAUGUUGAGUACAUAAGUAUUGUCCCCUUCAUGUAUAUUGUAUAUGUUAGAACUGAUUAUUUGUCUCAUUCUCAUACUUUUCACCGUUCUUGAUUUGUUCUUCCGACUUCUACUUCGUUUUGUUACCUUUAUGCUCGUGAAUGUCUUGGCCAAAGAUGCCAAUGCUUUUUUCCCCAUCUUGCUGAAGACAGCUACUCUUCCCUUCAAUAAAAAUUCUACUCUUCA